AGAGAUAUUUCGUAAAAGCGCUUCUAGAUUUGUUGCUGUUUUAUUUAUCGUAAUCCGUUAAAAAAGACUAUUCUUCACUUAAACCUUUGAUCUAUCUUCACUAAUAUGGAAGUUAUCAAGUUAUGAGAAAUGUUGCCAGUGUUCAAUCAGAUUGUUUGCGAUUGACUUCGACAGAAUAUUAUAAAACUUUUAUUUAAUAUGGAGUAUUAAAGUGUGUCUGGCAGGAUUUGUUACUUCUACUGCUGGUCACAUUUAUAUUUAGAUUAUAUAUAUUUUAAAUUCUACCUUGAAGUAACAAAUACACAGCUCACUUCUUUGCUUUAAAUACCGAAAGAGUCAUUAUCAAAAUAUAUGUUAUACCAUAAUUAACUGCAAUAUUUAUUGCUAAGUAUGUAAAUAUUUUUUUUCCUUUAUCGCCCCAUUUAUAAAUCAUAUUUUUCUCGAACAGUUCAUGUUGAAAUCACUGAUAUGAAUAUCGUUUAUUACGAAUUAGGUUUUUGGAACAACAACCAUUUUACGAUAAAAGUUCGCCAUUAUACCCGAAGAACUGAUCCAGAUAUUUCACAAAAGCGAUCUAUAAUAUAUAAAGUGCAUUGGCGAUCGUUUAAUUACAUUUUUUCAAGAUUCGUUCGUAUAAAAGUUAUUGAAAAACGUUGAAGAUGAAAAGUACUACAGCUUUGUUGGUAAUUUUUGUUGCUUUGGCGCUUGUUCAACGCUCUAUGCAAUAUGUUGCUUCUCCUACUUGUUUCGGCCAAGUGUGUCCUGCAUCAACAUCGAACUGCAAAGAACAUAAAAAAUCAAGCAUAGACAAAAGCCGCAUACAAGUGAAGAUAACAUGCUUGGACGACUUUGAUGCAAGCGUUAAGGAAUACUACUUUGAAGAAGCUAGUCACUUGGAUCGUUAUACCGCAUACGAAAACACUCGAUACGAAUCUAUUAAUGAAGGAAUUUCUUAUUCUCCCGAUCCAUAUAAGAAUCAAGGUCUGGAUUUAACUCCUCACCGACAACUUCCCGAAUGGAAUUUUUAAAGUGGCAGUGCCCUAUAAAAUGAGGAAAAAGUGUAUACAUGCAAAAAUAUAAUUUAUGAAUAAAUGGUUUUUAAAUUUA